GUGUGUGUCGCAGCGAUGGCGGCGGCCCAGACGGAGGCGGGCAGUGCGCGUUCGGUCAUGGCCGGAGCCGCGGGCCUUGCUGCCAUGGGCGACGUGGGGCCCGUAGGCCUCGCCACGGCCGAGCUGGGGACCGCGGGCCCCGCCGCGGACGGUGCGGAGUGCGGGGCGGGCGACGCCGUGGUGGCGGAGGAGCCGCCGGCGCCGCCGGCGCUGCCGGGGCUGCGGCUGGUGCAGCAGGGCGCUGAGGCGCACGUGUACCGCGGGCUCUUCCUCGGCCGGGCCGCCGUGGCCAAGCUCCGCGUCCCGAAGCGCUACCGACACCCCGCGCUGGAGGAGCGCCUCAGCCGGCGCCGCAUGGCCCAGGAGGCGCGCUCGCUGCUGCGGUGCCGGCGGGCAGGGAUUCCAGCUCCAGCGGUCUACUUCGUGGAUUAUGUCACCAACUCCAUCUAUCUUGAAGAUAUUGUAGACUCAAUUACUGUUCAGGAUCAUAUUUAUUCUGUGCAAAAGAGUGGAAAUGAUACCAGUGGCCUGCAUAAGUUAGCAGAGAAGAUGGGUGAGCUGUUAGCAAGGAUGCACGAUGAGGAUAUUAUCCACGGGGACCUCACAACUGCCAAUCUCCUCCUGCGGCCACCCACGGAGAACCUGGACCUGGUGUUGAUAGACUUUGGACUCAGUUUUAUUUCAGGCCUUCCAGAGGAUAAAGGAGUUGAUUUGUAUGUUCUGGAAAAAGCCUUCAUUAGCACUCAUCCAGAUACUGAAGCAAUGUUCCAAGCUCUGCUAAAGACCUACGCAGCCACGUCUAAAAAAUCAGGUCCUGUGAUCAAAAAGCUGGAUGAGGUUCGGCUAAGGGGAAGGAAGAGAUCCAUGAUUGGGUAGAAGAGAGUGGGGUUAGGGAUGGAGAAACAGUAGGUUUUGCAAAGAGGGUUAUUUAUAUUUCUAGUUGGUUUUAUUUCACAGAUCACUAUUUUGAUAACUGUGUCUUCAAAUAAAUAAACUUGAAAGAG